UCCUCCAGUUGGGCGUCGGGGCUGGGGGCUGGACUGUGGAGCCUGGUUUAAAGCCUCGCUCUUCCCACUGGCGUUUCUCAGACUGUGCCAGCUUCCACUUGGCCGCGGGGGACCCACCUGCUCCCUGGGCCAGAGAUCACUGAAAAUGUCCGACGUGGAAGAAAUCAUCGAAGAAUAUGAAGAGGAACAGGAAGAGGAGUGUGUGGAAGAAGAAGAGGAAGAAUGGCUAGAGGAGGAAGACGACCAAGAAGAACACCUAGAGGAGGUGGAAGAGGAGGCUGUGGAGACCCCAGCAGAAGGGCAUGAAGAGAAAGAAAAAGAAGGUGGCGAGGGGGAGCGAGAGCAGGAGUCUGGGGAAGGGGAGUCCAAGCCCAAGCCCAAGCUCUUCAUGCCGAACCUGGUGCCUCCCAAGAUCCCGGAUGGGGAGAAAGUGGAUUUUGAUGACAUCCACCGCAAGCGCAUGGAGAAGGACCUGAACGAGCUGCAGGGCCUGAUCGACGCCCAUUUUGAGAACAGGAAGAAGGAGGAAGAGGAGCUGAUCUUCCUCAAGGACCGAAUCGAGCAGCGGCGAGCGGAGCGGGCGGAGCAGCAGCGGAUCCGCAGCGAGCGGGAGAAGGAGCGCCAGGCUCGCGUGGCAGAGGAGCGAGCCCGCCGAGAGGAAGAGGAGGCCAAGAAGAGGGCUGAAGAGGAGGCCAGGAAGAAGAAGGCUUUCUCCAACAUGCUGCAUUUCGGGGGCUACCUGCAGAAGACAGAGAAGAAGAGCGGGAAGAAGCAGACGGAGCGGGAGAAGAAGAAGAAGAUUCUCGGCGAGCGGCGAAAACCUCUGAACAUCGACCACCUGAACGAAGAGAAGUUGAAAGACAAGGCCAUGGAGCUGUGGCAGAGCAUCCACGACCUGGAGGCUGAGAAAUUCGACCUGCAGGAAAAGUUCAAGAGGCAGAAAUAUGAGAUUAAUGUUCUCCGAAACCGCAUUAGCGAUCACCAGAAGGUCAAAGGCACAAAGGCUGCCCGUGGGAAGACUGUGGUUGGCGGCCGCUGGAAGUAGAACCUGUCAGGCGGGCACAAGGCAGAGGACAGGCCCAGGCGUGGAGAGACGCAUUUCUGUUUGGUCAUCCAGCUGGACUCCAUUUUCCGUGGAUCCUGCAUGAACCUACCCACCUCCCUGAAGGACCCGGGCCAGUUGUGCUUGCACUGACUGCACGGCACGGGCAGUGCUCUUGUGUGUGGAGCAAAUGCCUUGCUAGCUGCUGCUUGCUCUUUUCACUGACCCCUGAGAUGUUGUCGUGUCUGUAAAUAAAGAGAAUCAUGAAGCGAGA